UAAACACUGUCCGGUUAAAAACUGUCCGGUAAACUCUGUCCGGUAAACUCUGUCCGGUAAACACUGACCGGUAAACACUGUCCGGUUAAAAACUGUCCGGUAAACACUGUCCGGUUAAAAACUGUCCGGUAAACUCUGACCGGUAAUAAACUCCUAAAUUACGGUGCAUCUUCACGGAAUAUCAGACCCUCUUCUGCUCGUGAUCGAGUGUGUUCGGCCUUCUUCUGUGUAUCUCUGCACACGGUGAAGAUCAGGCGGAGAUGGCGGCGCUCCUGAAGGCAUCAGGAGGAGUCGGGGGGGUGAGGUCUCUGCACAUCCUGAUGCUGGUUCUCCUCCAGCAGCUGUGGUUUCAGCCAGUAGUAACCAGCACCACUGAAGAGCCCAAAGCCUGGAGACAAACUGGGCCCAGACUGCAGCUCUCACACUCAGACCUGAUGAACAGCUCAGUGUGGUGGCAGGCGGGGGUCAGCGGGGGGUACGAGGCUCUGCUGCUGGACGAGGAUCAGGGCUGGCUGCUGGUGGGGGGGAAAGACCACGUUUACCUGCUGAGAGCCGACAACCUGACGCUAAACACACACACGAUCCACUGGCCGGCUGCUAGAGAGCACCAGAUACACUGCAUCAUGGCGGGGAAGAAUCCAGAGACGGACUGUGCUAACUUCGUGCGGCUGCUGCAGCCCUUCAAUAAAACUCAUGUUUACGCCUGUGGGACCGGAGCCUUCCAUCCUCAGUGCUCCUACCUCCAUGUGGGACCCGACACAGAG